AGACUAUUUCAACAACCACUAUUUGAAUAGAUUACUUUUGUUAGAAUUUUUAAAAAGGUCUCCUACAAAAUUUCUUCGCCGUGUUUGAUGAGAACAACCGAGAAAAUUGAAUUGUCAUAAUCAAAAGUAGACCAGAACAAAACUUGUUUCGAUAUCUCUCACAAAAUUAACCUUCAUUUCUCUUACAUGGCUGUCCUCACGUUGUUGCUUUUCUUGCUCCCUUUCCAUCUUCAUCUCUUCAAAGCUGCUGAUUCCUCAUGCCCAAAAUCCUUCGAUUGUGGAAAGUACAAUCUCACGUUCCCAUUUACGAAAGCUGAUGAUCCUGGCUGCGGAUUAUUCACCGUUGAUGGCUGUGAUACUCCAUAUCCAGUGACUAAUUUAGGUGGUGGAGGUCUUGGUUUUGCUAUUUUGGAUUAUGAUUCAUCAGAGCCAAACAAGAUGUUUAUUGGUGAUUAUCAGCUUGGAGUUCAAUUGCGUAAACGCAGCUGCUUUGCCUUUAUGAACCAAUCCAUGCUUCGAUCGCCUUCUGUUUCCUUCUCAUUCUCUCCUAAUCUCACCUUGUUCCCCUGCUUAACUGAUCCUACUGAUAGAUCUAGAUUUCAUGAUGAUUUCGUAAACUAUAGCAUGAUAGAUUGUCUCACCCCCGUGUACUAUAAAAUUCCAGCAACCAAUGAUUCUCCUCCGGAAGGAUGUUCAUUGGUUCAGCUACCUAUGAAUAACAGUGGAAAGUCAGAUAAUUUGUUCAGCAUGAUAGCUGCUAAUUUUACUUUAGAAUGGAAUGUUUCUGAUGAAUGCCUUAGUUGUUUUAAUGCGGGAGGCCAGUGUCUUACUGCCAACAAUAACAGUUUCUACUGCAAAAGAUCAGCAGGCAAUCAGUCGAAGACGAUAUUAUUAGCUACAUUGAUACCUGGAUUUGCUAUCUUGGUAGCCUGCAUUGUAUUUAUAAUUUGGCGACGAAAGAAAAAGAUGAGCGAAGCCUACCUUCUUUCAAGAAACCUAUCUUAUGAUCCCUCCAAAUCGAACAUCGAAGAUGGAAGCUUCAGCUUCGACAUUCCCAUCUUCUCCUACACCGAGCUCGUUGAGGCUGCCGACAACUUCGACCCUUCCAAAGAACUCGGCGACGGAGGCUUUGGCACAGUCUAUUAUGGCAAACUCCGCGACGGUCGGGAAGUGGCGAUCAAGCGCCUAUACGAGAACAACUACAGACGAGAGGAGCAAUUCCUGAACGAGAUCAAGAUCCUCACCAAUCUCCGCCACCCCAACCUCGUAUCCCUCUACGGAUGCACCUCGCGUCGCAGCCGCAACCUCCUCCUCGUAUACGAGUACAUCCCCAACGGCACCGUGGCUGAGCACCUCCACGGUGAGCGUGCCAGCUCGGUGCCCUUAACAUGGCCCAUGCGGAUGAGCAUUGCUCGAGAGACGGCCAGCGCACUCGCCUACCUUCACAAGUCCGACAUCAUCCACCGCGACGUCAAGACCAACAACAUCUUGCUGGACAGCAAUUUCUCCGUGAAGGUCGCCGAUUUCGGGCUCUCGAGGCUCUUUCCGAUGGACAUGACCCACAUCUCCACAGCACCCCAGGGCACCCCGGGUUACGUGGACCCAGAGUACCACCAGUGCUACCAACUUACAGAUAAGAGCGACGUAUACAGCUUUGGAGUGGUGCUGAUCGAGCUGAUCUCGUCCAUGCCGGCCGUGGACAUAAGCCGGCAUAAGCAUGAGAUCAACCUGGCGAGCCUGGCCGUGAACAAAAUCCAGAAAUGUGCAUUCGACGAAUUAAUUGAUCCGGCAACGGGGUACAACUCCGAUGCGGAGGUGACGAGGAUGACGACGUCGGUGGCGGAGCUGGCUUUCCAGUGCCUGCAGCUGGAUAAGGAUAUGAGGCCAUCGAUGGACGAGGUGGUGGCGUUCCUGCAUGAUAUUCAGAGUGGUGGGGAUUUCGACAUCAAAGGGAAGAUACCACCAUCGCCGGAGAUGGAUGACGUGGUGCUGUUAAAGAGUGGAAUUUAUCAGGCGUCGCCCACGGCGGUGACGGAUACAUGGAUUAGUAGUGACUCAACUACGGCGAGUUCUGUUUGCUGAUAUCUGUAUGUUGUUAGUGUGUAUAUAUAUGCUAUGCAUUCUUUGUUUGUUUGAUCUUUUAUGCAUGUUUUUGUCAUCUAUUUUAUUCAAUUGGCAGCGGGAAUGUGCAUAUCGUGAAAGAGCUUUAUUUUGUGUA